CCAGCGUGGAGAGCGCAGUCGCCGUCGACCCGCGGUGCGCAGUGAGCGACAGUCACUAUGCGCAGUGUACACGACGAGUCGUAGGGCAUGUGCGCGCAGUGUUGUGAUUAGUGAAAUGGCGCUCCACAACUUCAGUUCCCCGUUUCUCCCCGGGUUCCCGGGGUUGUUCGGAUCUCCCGGUUUGUACAACCCCGUGGGUCCUUCGGUGCCUCCUUAUCUUCCUCAGAGUCUUCAGCCCCCUAGACCUCCCGAACCUCCUAGGCAGAACAGACAGACGUUUAGCACCCCCAGACCUCCACUCUCCCCGUACCAACCCCCGCGGGCAGCCACCCCCAAGCCGGCUGGGUACUCCGGGUACAACCAGGACACUAGGUACACGAGGGUCAACAGUGGUGCCCCCGGCUCUGGCAAAACCUCCGUCCACGCCGUCAUAGACUAUGACGACGACUUUGACGACGGCGAGUACUACGAUGAGCCCGACCUGGAGGCUCUACCACCAUCUCAGCGUCACAACCCUGUCCCGACCGUGACGCCUAUCCAGGGUCCCAUCUUGGUGAAGAACGGGAGUGUACCUGUGGUGCCACUGUACUCCUACCCUACUAUAAACAACGGGUCUCUCGUCCAGAUACCGAUACUAUGGACGGCGUUGUCGCUAGCUCUAGGACUGGAGAUACGAGGGGAUGUCAUUAGAGGAGUGCCUUGCAUCAAGCGAUUCCACCAGCUCUUCUGUCCCACCGCAGGCAACAGCUACCCCAUAGAUAGAAUUGAAUUAUUCAUAGAUGAGAAUAAAGCACUAAUGAAAAGAAUGUACGGGGAGUUUCAAAUGACUACGGAGUAUGGUCCACCAGCCAGGGAAGUAUUCGAGAACCAAAGGAGAUCGAGAAAAACAAGAGCUGCAAAGAGUAAAGAGAAGCCAAAACCGAGCAAUUCUUCGGCAGUCCCAGACCCUGUGAAAGAGUCGGAGGGAUCUGAAUCCUACUUUGGAAAACUAAGGCAAACUAGACAGUCUUUCAGGAACAACCAGUCUUCCGACUCUGGAAGAAUGGAUGCUUGUGAGUCUAAGGUGGAGAUCGUCACUCCAUACUGGGCAGCCAACAGUGCAGGCAAGAUACGAGCCAUUGUAAACACGCAGCACUUUGAGCAAGCUAUCCACCAGGAAGUAUGCUCGAAAACUGUAACAAACCGGUGUUCCAACGAUUGCGGGUGUGAACAGAAGUACAAGUGGCAUCGUCUGCUGGCUUACGACCCAGACAAUGAUUGUAAAGGCAUUUUCAUGGACUGGUUCCUCUUUCCAUCGUGCUGCGUGUGUCGAUGUAACGUCAACUAGGCCUCUUGAGUCUUAAGCAUCCAAAGAUGAACGAGUCAAUGCUUUCUGGAAGUAACCAUCGAAUAAGUCAAUCAUUCCUAGUGUUUCUACGAUAACACUGGAAGUGUUAAUAAGCAAACAUUAAUUUAUUUGUGAACUGAUCAUCGACCAAACGAGACAGUAACUCCUUGUAAUUUAAACGUACCAUAUAGUUAGUGCUGUAGUGUGAAGUUUUUUGUCUUUGUUUUUGAAGACUUGUCAAAUAAGUCAUUUUAUAGUACAUAAUUAGUGAUACAAUAACAACUAAAAUUAGUGGUAGGGCUGUAUUUAUGAAUGUAGAAUUUAUCUGUUGAGAUUAUUUAUAUUUUUACUACAUUGUUCAGUUAGUUUUAGGUAUAGAUAUUGUACCUAGCAUUUUCUCUUUUCAAUAAAGGAGUUUAAGUAAUGUAUACAAAUGUACAGAUAAUUAA